GUCUACUCGAGUAUGUCUAUAUUGUUUUAUCGAAGGACUUGUAGGUCCCCAGUCACUGUUAUAUAUGUAGAAGUUGUUGUCUUUAAAAUCGAAACGGCUUGUUAUUAUCACAGCUGAAAUACAAAGCAGGCAAUCUAAUGUUAACAACUGUCUGAUCGAACGGUUGUCAUCUAUAUUGUUACCGUUUAAGCAAAAAUGAUCUUUGCGCGGAGUUGUCGACUUGUAACCACGAAAUCAUUGGCAAACCGCCUGUUCGCAGGCAACAAUUUAAAAACAUCUUCUGCAGUGUUAAUAAAGCGAAAUAUGGCGGAAGUUCAAAUCCUCGAAGCUUUAGAUGAUAACUACAUGUACCUUGUAAUAUGUCCCAAAACGAGAGAAGCCGCGGUAGUUGAUCCCGUUAACCCUGAAAAGGUACUGAGAGCGGUCAAAAGUACUGGAGUAAAGUUGACCACCGUUCUGGUGACUCAUCAUCACUGGGAUCAUGCUGGUGGUAACGAAAAACUUCUUCAGUUGCGUCCCGGUUUGCGCGUCUUUGGAGGUGACGAUCGCAUCAAGGAACUCACGGACAAGGUUAAUAAGGACAACGUCAACAUCACUAUUGGUUCAUUGACGGCACAGAGUCUCUUCACGCCUUGUCAUACGACAGGACACGUAUGCUAUUUCAUUGCAGGAGAUGCGGAGUCCCCAGCUGAACGUCCUCCAGUCGUCUUCACCGGUGACACGUUGUUCACAUCCGGAUGCGGAAAAUUUUUUGAAGGCACGGCUCAGCAAAUGCAAGCAGCAAUGGAUAAACUGGGCUCGCUCCCGCCCGAGACACGCGUUUACAAUGGACACGAGUACACCGUGAACAAUCUGAAAUAUGCGCAACACGUCGAGCCAGACAACCAAGCGGUGAAGGAAAAACUAUUGUGGGCCCAAACGCAACGCGCCCAAAAAAAACCGACCAUUCCAUCGACAAUCGCGGAAGAAAAAUCGAUUAACCCAUUUAUGCGAACCCGCGAAGCGUCCGUUCAGAAACAUACUGGACAGCAGGAUCCCGUUUCUACAAUGAACGCAUUGCGCCAAGAAAAGGAUAGAUUCAGGGCUUUAUAAGGCUUAGAUACACUCUCUUACAUACGGCGGAACAACGAUGCUCGUUGCAGCCUACGUUGCAUACCCGAUAGUUCAACGUGCACAGCUCUACGUACUGUACAGUACUUUCUGUUUAGACGUUUUAAAGCGGUGUAGAAUUCUCCAAGAUGACAUGAGUAUCGGAAUUGGAUCACGUGCGAUAUUCAUGAAAAUAGUGAAUUAUCUUGUUUAUAUAUGUAAGGAAUAUUCUAGAUUGCGGUGUAAGCUUUUAUAUUAAGUCUAGGUUAGAUUGCUAGGACACGUGUUUUAAAAAAAAAACUUCCAAAUUGCACCUACAGUUAUUGUACAAAAAAAAAUUGUGCUAUAUCUAUCUAUAUUAAUAAAACUUGAAGCUAUGAGUGUAUCUUUUUAAAUAACGUUAUAUUUUUGUUUGGACAAUAAAUUCCAUACAUCGUGAGUAAUGUCAUGAGUCCCACUGUGUAAAAAUGAAUUCAAAUAUAUAGUCAUAUAUAUAGAUGACAUUAAUAAAGGUAAUGAUAGUGAAACAUAAUUAAAAA